AUGGGGCCUGGGGCGGGGGGCUGGGACCACCUGUCGCUGACCAUGGCCACUGCCCUGAUGCUGUUCAUGAGGCCUCCAGGCUCCUGGGGGGCCAAGAUCAUUGGGGGCCGAGAGGUGAUCCCACACUCCCGCCCCUACAUGGCAUCAGUGAGCUUCGAGGGCCAACAUCACUGUGGGGGCUUCCUGCUCCACGCCCGCUGGGUGGUCUCAGCUGCCCACUGCUUCAGCAACAGAGACCUCCGAAAAGUUCUGGUGGUGCUGGGGGCCCAUGCCCUUCGCACUUCAGAGCCCUCCCAGCAGGCGUUUGGCAUCUCAGCUGUCAUCAGUCACCCUGACUACCAGCCCGCAGCCCAUGCCAAUGACAUCUGUCUGCUGCAGCUGAACAGCUCUGCCAUCCUGGGUCCUGCAGUGGGACUUCUGAGGCUGCCAAAAAGAGGCUCCAGGCCACUCAGGGCUGGGACGCGGUGCCGGGUAGCUGGCUGGGGCUCUGUGUCCAACUUUGAAGAGCCGCCACCUGGGCUAAUGGAGGCCGAGGUCCGUGUGCUGGACUUGGAUGCCUGCAACAGCUCCUGGAGGGGCCUGCUGAGACCUGCUAUGGUCUGCACUCGCAGUGGGGACCAACGGCGACGAGGCUUCUGCUCAGCAGAUUCCGGUGGGCCCCUGGUGUGCAGGAACCGGGCCCAUGGCCUUGUUUCCUUCUCCGGCAUCUGGUGUGGUGACCCCAAGACCCCAGAUGUGUACACACAGGUGUCCACUUUCGUGCCCUGGAUCUGGGAUGUGGUUCGGCGGCACCCGCAUGGUCCCCAGCUCAGUUCCCCACCCAGGACCACUGGGGUCCCAUAG